AUGAGCUUGUUGAACAUGAGGCUUGAUGGACAUGUCAUGUUCAAUAAGAACAAAAAUCCAGAUAUGCAACAAUAUGAGGAAUUCUCAUCAGCCACACCAUCACCCACUUCUCGAGCCAUUCUCCACGUUGCGGAAGUAGUGUCCAGGGGAAGAAUCGGUGAGUGUGCUGGAUCUGCAUGCAACAGCGGGGAGAGUAAGGUUAUCAUGAUACUUCAGAUGAUUAAUGGAUGGAACUUGUACCUAGCUCAGCGCACUCCUUACUGA